AUGAACGAUGCUUCGACGUCUCUGCUCACUGAGCACUUUAGCUACACGCCACUCUCCCUUAUAGACGAUGUCAUCAACUCCGUGAACAAUCUCAUCUACCAGGCUAUAUCCAGUCUCGAGGACGGGCUUCACAACACGCCGCCUGAGCGGUUGGGCUUCAGACAUGGGCCUGGCACCAUCCCAGACACAGACGACGAUGGAAACAUACAGUACCCCGAGGCGAGGCUGGAGAUCGAGAACGGACUUCACCAGCUAGAGACGCUGCUGGAGGCCACUGUCGACAAGGCGUUUGACAAGUUCGAGAUCUACGUGUUGAGGAACGUCCUGACGGUGCCGGAGGACUUGACGGGUUGGAUUCGAUUGGGUCAUCAUGAGGGCCUGUCGCUUGAACCGAAUUGCGAGAACGCUCCGACUGAAGAGUCCCUGACGCUACAACGGCAGAAGCUCCGAGAGACAAAGAAACUGAACCGCAUGUUGACGCAGGAAUGCGCGCGUAAUGAUGCCAUCCUCUCCCAGCUCCGAUCCAUGGUAUCGGCAGUAAAACCGAACCAAGGCACACAAUCCACGCCCAUGGAAGCUGCCACUCCAGCAACACCCGCGUUUGACGCGGAGACACAGCUUCCCAACCUUUCGUUUCUGCUAUCUGAUCCACGCGCGAAGAAACUACGGAUGGGUGACGGAGGCGCUGGUCCAUCCCGCACGCCACUUACAACCAACACGACUUUCAUCCUGUCUCAGCUUCCCGCCUUACGAUCAGUACUAGCGCAACUACGCCCAAAGCUUCUGACACUCCCUAAAUCGGUUGACGAGAUGGAACUGGACCAGAAGAAGGGCGAGAGGAGGGAGUAUAUCAACAGCAGAACCAAGUUACAUCUGGAUCGGACCGGUGGAGGCAGUGAAAGCGAACAAGUUCAUGACGUUGUUCGGGGGAAGAGGGUGAACGUAGAGGAGGUGCUGGCCUUGGAAGGGGUGGCGGCAACCUUCUCCAAGUGA